AGAAAGAAAAGGUGGUUAAAGCACGAAAAAUAGCCGAAAUUGGAUUCACGAACAAGCACGAUAAAUUUCUUGUAGAAAAAAAGAACCAGGUAAUGAUUUCUGAUCAAGACCAGGAGCUGGAAGCACCUGAUAUCACGGAGCCAGAGAUAAUCGAAAUCUCAAAACCAGAGAUAGUCAAGAUCCUAGAGCCAGAGGUAACUAAAAUUAUGGAAUCAGAGGUAAUCGAGAUCAUGGAUGAUUGA